AUGACAAGUUACAGGACGCAAAUAGUUAGGAUAUGGAACGAUACUUACCCCCACAACCCAAAAACAUCUCAACAACUGUCAGGCCAAAUAAGAUCAGUUCUUAAUAGAAAAGUAUUUUCCCAAGCAGAGUUACAAGCCUUAAAAGAAGAAGUGACACCACACAAAGAACCGCAUUCCGCCAUACAGGAAGUUGUAGAGGAAAGUGCUGAAGACAAACGAGAAACCGUGACAACUCUUCUCACCGAGGACGAAAACGUCCCAGCGGUUAACGAACUUCACUCCCAAUUUGAAGAAAACUGUUUAAAAUACGAAGGUAUCCCGCUACAGUUAAGAGACAAAAUCCCAAAAAUCAAAUACAAUGUAAAAACUCUUCAAACUGUUAGACUGGUUAACAAUAUACUUGCUCAGAAGCUUCCCUCUAGCUCCAACCUAGAGGAAACCUGCCACCUAAUUUACAGUGCCGCAAUAACUGUUUGUAAUGCAACAGGAUGUAGUACCUCCCACAGAAUAUCACGAGAGAUCAAGACAGAUAGCAACCCACCGUGGAAAAGAAGACUGGAAUCAAAAAUAAUGAAAUUAAGGGAAGUGAUAGGGCCAAUUAACUCUUAUGCCCAAAAUCCUGCUGGCUCUAGCGUUAGAUUAAGGCAUAGAGUUAACAACAUGGCCAAAGCACACGAUCUUAAUAUCAAUGAACCAGCUUACCAACAGAACCUAAGAACGCUCCUUGAGAACCUCAAACAAAAAAUUUCCGCCUUGGGGGCUAAACUAAGAAGAUACAACAAAAGGGUUAAGCGAUACAAACAAAACCGUGAUUUCCAACUGAACCAGAAACUCUUCUACCGCAACCUUGCAACAGAUUCCCAACAACAGCAAGAAAAACCCCCAGAGAAGGCGCAUAUGAUGGAAUAUUGGAGUGAAAUAUGGUCUCAGGAAGAAAAUCAUAAUAAGGAUGCCUAUUGGCUGAGAAACGAAGAACAGAGAAACCAAGGUAUACCGGAAAUGGAAAGAAUAAUAGUAACGGCAGAAUUGGUGUGA